UCCAGCAGUCCAAGAUUCCGCCUCGAAUCAUAAGCAAUGUCUGGGAAGAAGCGCAUCUAUCUCUUAAACUGCGAUAAAACUUGCGAUCUUACCAUCGUUGACGCUUUGAUUCGAGCGAGUAGAAAUUGCGUGACCUUUCUUAUAGUGAGCAUUCUAGGAAUUGAAAAAAACGGCCCUAAGGUCAUUUUUAAGAACUCUUUUUGUGCAUCCAAACGAGUUUGAAGGAAGUUCAGUUCAUCCAGCAGUCGAAAUUUCCGCUUCGAGUCAUAAGCAAUGUCCGGGAAGAAGCGCAUCCAUCUCUUCAACUGCGAUAAAACUUGCGAUCUUACCAUCGUUGACGCUUUGAUUCAAUCCGUCCAAAAGAAAAUACUUUUCAAUUUCACGGUAUCGAGACAUUAUUUCAAUCUCCGUGAAAUGUCUCGAUUCUGCGACAAUACCAUUUCUAAACUUCGUUUUGAUUUCGCUUUCCUUUUGGUUAAUGCCGAAGAAUCUUGUCUAUUAUUCAAUGAAAGUACAGCGGAAAGCGGAUACACCAAAGUUUACAGAGCAUUGAUGGACGCUACUGAUGAGAAGGUCACUGUGGUUAUUGGUGGAGAUAGUCAUUACAAAAACCAAGCAGAGGGGGAUCAAAAUGUCUUGUCCCGCUGGGCACUUCGGAUUGUUAGCUCCCAGCUAAAGGAGGAGUGCCGUGAUGGAAGAAAAGGCUUUGUAUUUUCUUGGAAUGAAAAGCACCGAGCAAUCCAUGAGAAGGCACUGUUGCAUUUCCUUGAUCCGGAGAAAGCAGGAGUCAAAUUUGUUUGUCAGUCAGAGAGGUUAGCGAAACCGGAAGCAGCUGCUGUUGUUGAGAAGUCGUUUUCAGCACUUGACAUGGGAGCUGGCGAUGUUGUGGAUUCUGUGACCCAGGAAGACACAGAAGGCAUGGUGGAUUUCAUGGUUCUCUGUUGUGACCAAUCAGCCGCAACAGUUAUUAGCGAUAUGUACCCCUUGUCAGGCACGCGUGCUCCAGCAGACAUACAUGUUGGUAGUCCCGUAGAGCUGAAAUCUCAUCUGCUAGAGGGUACCUCAUUGUCUUUGUGUGCAAUUGGGCUGCAGGCGAGUGAUCUAAAAGAAAUUGCACUGUCAGACGAAUGGGGGGAAUCUGACUUUGGAGAUCUAUUGAGGACUGCUCAAAAAGCAGCUGACAGAGUGGUAGUCGUGGUAAUGUACUCAGACAGAACAGAAGUGACGUUACCAUUAUCACAAAGUGAAGAAGUCCAAGUAACUGAGAAAGUGGAGUUGUUAAUUGGUGAGAAAGGCCUUGUCCUUUGGUGGAGAGGCAAACCCCGUAAGGGAGAAUCAUCACCACAGGCAGGAACCCCUAACAAAACGCUCAUGUUGAAGACCUCCAUUCGCAAUGGUUUGAUCUCAUUCGAAGAACGGGAUGUGAUGGAAAGGAGAGAGGGCUAUACACCUCCUGAUGCCUUAGUCUCUGAUUUGGGCAGAAAAUACAGUAACGUUCCAAAGGCCAGUCUAGAGAUAUAUUGUGAAGAGAGUUCUGGAAGCGUCCACGCUGUUGUCAAAGAGCCACCAUUGUCUCUCGUGCUAAAGCACACAAGGAGCCAUCAGAAUUGAGAGACGAAAAUCGGAUAAAUACUCUCCAGAAAGACCAGAUAUAAUCCAAAAGCGUUUACUUAAGUUUACGCUUUCCAGUGUUCUGACAGUUUUGUGUGUAUCUAGCUUCAUUCAAUUUGCAGUUGCUGUGCCAUAUGAACAAGGAUACGGUCCUUUUUUUUCCAUAGCCGAGAAACAAAAUUGGGAACUAUGAUAA